UCAGCCGGUGCCCAGGCUGUCGGCAGAGAGGGGAAGGGUAGCAUGGCUCCGGGAGAAAAGGAAAGCGGGGAGGGGCCGGCCAAGACUGCCCUCCGGAAGGUCCGCACCGCCACCCUGGUUAUCACCUUGGCCCGAGGCUGGCAGCAGUGGGCAAAUGAGAACAGCACCAGGCAGGCCCAGGAGCCCGCGGGCUGGAUGCCAGGAGGGACCCAGGACCCACCCCAAGCUUCCAGUCCAGUGAUACACCCAGCAACCCACUGGAAAGCUCGGAGGGCCCAGAAGCCUCCCUCCCCAAAGCCAGAGGUACAUGGCGACGGACAAAGCUCAGAGGCAAACACUGAGGCCUCUCAUAUCAAAAGGAAAGAGGUGACCAAAACGGUUGUCAGCAAGGCUUAUGAGAGAGGAGGGGAUAUGAGCCACCUGAGCCACAGAUACGAGGAGGGGGACGUGCUUGAACCUGGGCAGCCAGAGGACGACAUUGACCGAAUCCUCCGCAGCCACGGCUCCCCAACGCGGAGGAGGAAAUGCGCCCACCUGGUAUCUGAGCUGACCAGAGGCUGGAAGGAGAUGGAACAGGAGCAGCCCCAGUGCAGGAGCGACAGCGUAGACACAGAGGACAGCGGCUACGGAGGGGAGACGGAGGAGAGGCCGGAGCAGGACGGAGAGCAGUUGGCCUUUGUCAGAAUCAAACGCCCCUUGCCCUCCCAGGCAAAUAGAUUUACGGAGAAACUCAACUGCAAGGCCCAGCGGAAAUACAGGCAAGUGGGCACCCUGAAAGGGAGGUGGCAGCAGUGGGCGGAUGAACACAUACAAUCGCAGAAGCUCAAUCCUUUCAGUGAGGAGUUUGAUUACGAGUUGGCCAUGUCCACCCGCCUGCACAAAGGAGAUGAAGGCUACGGCCGCCCUAAGGAAGGAACCAAGACUGCGGAGAGGGCUAAGCGGGCGGAGGAGCACAUCUACAGAGAGAUCAUGGACAUGUGCUUCAUCAUCCGCACGAUGGCUCUCCCCCGGCAGGACGGCAAGAUCCAGGUUACUUUUGGAGAUCUCUUUGACAGAUAUGUUCGUAUUUCAGAUAAAGUAGUGGGCAUUCUCAUGCGUGCCAGGAAGCACGGACUGGUUGACUUCGAAGGGGAGAUGUUAUGGCAAGGCCGAGAUGACCAUGUUGUGAUUACUCUGCUAGUGUGAACCUUCGGGGACACAUGUCAAACUUGACCCACUCUUGUCUUAAUGCUAAAUGCUAAUGUAGGGAAAAUUAAAAGGCAAACUGCUCUGGUAUAAAUUAUUAAACAUUAAACAAUUUUCACA